AACAACUAGCAGCAGUAUUGCAGCUAGUAGUCAUUCUUGUAGCUUGUUGCAAAUAUCUUUUUCGGCAUCCAAGAACCUAUUUAUCCCCAUAUUUGCCACUGCUGCACUCCUUCGGCACAAUUUACAAAUCAGAGAACAAUUUUUUUUGUCGUCUUCCAAAAAAUAUUUGAUGGCAGAGAAAAAUCAUGCACAAAAAACCGAAAAUACUAAAAUUACCACACUUGAAAGAAUUCACAGCAAGCACUAAUUACAAGUUGGAUGAAAAUUAGGGGAUUUUUCGACUGCUUCCUUGUGGAAGAUUUCAUCACCAACUUCACGUGUGAUCAAUGUUUAUACACAACCACUGAUAUCUGAAACCAGCCUCAAAUAUAUUACAACUGGAAAGUAUUUGGGAAGAUUUCCAUACAAGUUAACAACAAUUUGGUAUUUUUGUAAUUCAAGCUAUGACUAUUUUCAUACCCUUUCCAACAUUUACCACAUUUACCGCUGUCAAAUUUUACAGUCAUCUGGUUCACGCAUUCAACAUUCAGGAGAAAUUAGUCAAGAUGUAGCAUUCUGUGGGCAGUUGAUGCCCAGAGCAGAUGACAACUUCACUUUGCAGUUUGUGUCAACCAAACUCUUUCAGGAUUUGCUAUUCAAAAGCUUUCUGUCUCUUUUGACCAGAAAGUAUCUUGAGGAUUUGUUUCCUUGGAUAUUUAAUCCAAAGAUUUAUAUAUUGCCAAGAAGUUGGCUACUCUCCAGCAUGUCACAUCGCAGCGAGAUUUGCAACUUAUUUCAGAGAUGUUUGCUGACGGCUGAAGACAGCAUCCGGUGCUUAAGAUGGGAUGACCUUGUGUCCAAUCCACCUGCUACUCUUCCAGGUGAUCCAGAACAGCCAUUGAUCCAUCGUGGAGUUGAAGAAGAUGAGGCUAAUCUGGCUGAUACUGAUAAACUAAUGAACUUUGAUGGAUCCUUGUCUUUAUUGGAUGAAAUGGCACUUGGUGAAGGUGAGAGUUUAUCAACUCCAUCCAGUCCGCACUCAAUCUCUUCUUACAGCCGUCGACAAAUAAACCUUCCAAAAGGAUUAAAAGAUUUGGAUUACAAAAUAUUACAGUCGGGGAUCUUCAUAUUUCCUGGUUCUUAUGCCCUGGACCAUUCCUUGGUUGGAUUUUUAUUCACAAGUAGCCCAUUAUGGAGAGAUCAAAUGAUAUCCAGUUCAGAAUUGGCACGACACUUUCUAUAUUUCAGCACCUUAAGCAGAAAAAGGAAAAAAUGUGUUGGUCUCACACUAGUUGCUGAUAUUCGGGGAUCCACCAGUUCCACAGUGAAUACAAUCUUGGAGGCUUUACAUCUCUUUCAUUCAAACAAUGAACAGGGGUUCAGAUCAAUUUAUAUCCUAGCCAACCAGUUAGAUCAAACAUUAAUUUUUGGUUCACCACUUUAUGAUGCCCAAGGACCCCUUAAGAUUGAGGUGUUGCAGUCUCCUGAUGUCUUACAGUCCUACAUUGGUGUAGACCAACUACCAAGUGCUUUUGACGGUCAGUUGGAGUACCACCAUGACAGCUGGCUUCGAUUUCGUCGAAAACUGGAACCAUUUGUUAAUGAUUGUCAGCUCGUCGACCAAUACCUCCAAGACACUCUGAAACAACUGACCGUCUAUGACCGCAUUCCUUCCACUUAUGAUGAAACAAGUCAGUUCUUAUGGGAACAUGAGCAACAAAUGCAGUCUAUAUUAGAUGCCCCUCAAUUGAUGCUGCUACAAGACGGCCAUUCCAUCAUUCAUCAGCUACAAGAAGAAGCCCCUUAUCUAAAAUCUAUAGAGAGCUGCAAAGAAGAACUUGUAUCAGUUAAAAAAAUGUACAAAGAAUUACAGAACUCAAUGAAGAAUUUAGUUAAACUUGCUGAAAACCGUUUUCAUAAACUUGAACAAGGACUUCAACUUCGAGGUUUCGAGAGUGAAUGUAAUAAAUUAAAUGUAUGGAUCUCGACAGAAGGAAAACGUAUUUUGGAGAAAUAUAACUCUUGUGUUGACAAUCUAAAGAGUGCCAAGUCACUGGAAGAGCAAUUCUUGAAAGACUAUUUCUCAGCUAUGACAUACAUCGACAAGGGGAAUGACUUGGUGGAAGAGGCGUGUAUGCUCGCACAGUCUGGGAUUUCCACUGACUCUGCAACCGGCUAUAGGGACCUUGUAAAAGGUCUAAAAGUUCACUUGAAACAAUUCAUUAAGGAUUUAGAAGCAACAAGAGAAAAGGUGGAGGGUACAAGGAAAAUUUACCGUACUCUGGACAAAGCCUAUAAUUGGGCUUUGGAAUCCAUGAAGUUUAUCGUAAACAUGAAGACAGAAAAUUGCUCAAGUGUGGAGAAGUUAGACAACAUGAUUAGAAGCAUGGAACUGUUUAUGCAGGACCAUCCUCCAAUCAGUGAUGAGUUGUUUAAAGAGACUCUGCAACAGGCAAAGGAGUUACAGAAUGAGAAACUCAUCAGUCAAUGUCAGAAGACAAUAGCCCGUUGUGAAGAAGCCCAGUGUAAAUUAAAGUCCCGGAAGCUGGCUUUGAAAAGGGCCAAGUCUCAACGUCAAACAAAAUCUUUAGCAAAUUCUGAUAGUCCUUGCAACUGUAUUGUGAAAUCUUCAGUGACAGAUCUGGAUGAAAAUUAUUUAUUACUUCCUCCAAGUCAAUCAGAAAAGAAAACUGCUUCCUGGCAUGCAAUAUGUGCCAGUCUACCAACAAGCCCCAAAAUCCAACCUCGUCGUGCAUCACUGCCUACAAAAGGUGAAAUUGUUACCCAGAUUUCUCCAAUCAGCAACAUGUCGUCACAAGAUAUGGAAGAGUACCAAGAACAAUUAUUUAAUGAUGGUUAUAUUACAGAGGAUUUAUCUCACCAUGUUGUGACGUCUUUACCCAAAAGCUUAACUCUUCGUCCAGACCCAAAUGACUGUGAUACAUCUGGCAACAAAGACAAAUUGUUUUCUCGCUUGUACUCUUCCAAAAAGUCUAUAACCCGAACAGUUACCGUUCCUGUAACAUUAUCCCACACAGUGCAAAAUUACAAGUUAACCUCCUCACAAACGCUUCCUCAAGUCGACACUCCAGGCACUUUGGAUAGUGUUCCAAGUGAAAGUACUUGCAGCGAAGGUAGCAGUCUGAUUGGCAGAAACCAAAGCAUGUCCGAAGAUCUAACCUCUCCAAUACAUUCCAGCGAUUCCUGCUUGACCGAUCCACUCACACCUCACCUGCACUCAACUAUAUGGAACACUCCCGUUCCAACCAAUUCCCACCUGUUAAGCCUAAAUUCUUCUGACCAAGAUGGCUGGUCACUGUCUUCUAACGGCUCACAAGUCGGUCUUGCUGGACCCAAAAGGACAGUGGCUCUUAUCCUUCAAGAACUUAUAUCCACUGAACGAGAUUACGUACAAGCUUUAAAAUUGAUUGUCGAUAACUACAUACCUGAAAUAACCAAGGAGGAAGUCCCUCAUGCUCUUCGAGGCAAAAGAAGUAUUAUUUUUGGUAAUAUUGAAAAGAUCUAUGAAUUCCAUAACCAGUAUUUCUUGCAAGAACUGGAGACUUGCAAACAUUACCCAUUUCAGAUUGCUCAAAUUUUCCUUUCACAUGAAGAACAUUUUUACCUCUAUGCUCUGUACAACAAAAACAAACCAAAAUCCGAUCAUUUAAUGGCAGAACAUGGCACGGAAUUUUUUCGAAUCAAACAGAAUGAACUUAAAGACAAGAUGAAUUUGUCCAGUUACCUUCUCCGGCCAGUUCAAAGAAUGGGGAAGUAUGCUCUGUUGCUAAAACAAAUGAUAAAAGCUUGCCCAGAAACAGAGACUGAAUAUAAUGAUCUGAAGUCUGCUGAAGAAAUGGUGAAAUUCCAUCUACGUCAUGGCAAUGAUCUGUUGGCUAUGGAUUCUCUGAAAGAAUGUGAUGUAAAUUUACAAGAACAAGGUCGCCUUCUACGUCAGAAUGAAUUUUUUGUUACUCAAGGAAGGAAGAAAUCAAUGCGGCAUAUAUUUCUUUUUGAAGAAUUGGUUCUUUUCAGCAAAACUAAAAAAGAUCGACAUGGUGGACCAGAGUCCUAUAUAUAUAAAUAUAGCUUUAAAACUUCAGAUAUUGGAUUAACAGAAAAUUUCCGUGAUCACACAAAUAAAUUUGAAAUCUGGUUCCGACGGCGAUCACUUGGAGAAAACUAUAUUUUACAUGCUCAAGAUAAUGAUAUCAAAAAAAGCUGGGUUCAAGAUAUUUCUAGAUUGUUGUGGAGACAAGCAAUAAAGAAUCGAGAAAGCCGAAAAACUGAGAUGGCUUCAAUGGGGAUGGGAAGUAAGCCAAGUUUUGACCUGAAAGCAGAUUAUAAUUUAAAUGAAAACUUAGUCACUUCUGGACAAUUUGCUGCACGUUCCCGUAAUUCCAUUGCAGUCUCCUCAGUUGACCACUUCCGAGAUGGUGCCAAACGACCUCUCUCAAUCAACUCUCUAAGUAGCACAUCUUCCUCAAGUAGUGGUCAAUCUACAAGUCACGGACUUCUCAACUCUCUCAAUUUAGCCUUUGAAAACAUGAUACUCAGUUCCAAUGCAAAUGCAGACAGCCCACAUUUCAAUCGACGGUCAAUGAAUUCUUCAAAUGAAAGUGGCAUUUGUACAGACAUUUUCCCUGAAACAGAGGGCUGUGUUGCUGCUGCUGCCGCUGCGAAUGCUCAGACAGGUUCUACUUCAGCAACAACACUGCCAGUCAACACAAGGAUGUUGGCAAGCUCCACUAACAGCAGUCCCUGCCCGUACCAGCAGACAAAUUCAGAAGGAACUAGUAUAACAACAACAACAUCGAUACAGACACCAACACAACCAACAUCAACUGCCGCAAACAAACACGCUCUUUCAGAUCAGCCGUCAUCCAUAGACACACAAGUUUCAUCUGCAAUCACUUUUCCUUCAUCCACGACCACCACCACCAAACAAGCUGACCCGGCACGAUUGUGGCUUGAUCUUAGCAAGACUCGACAACCAACUGAAUUCAAACUACGCUUAGCGCCAAUGCAUGGACUGACAAACAUCGCGAACAUUAACGCUGAAGAAAGUGAACUGUAAAUGAACUGAAAUUCAGUAAAUUGAUUGGACAUGGGAAUAUUUCGUGAACAUGUCAUACUGGUGUGCAAUGAUAGGACCAGCAGACUUGAUAAUAUCUUCUUAAAGAAUAUAUGGUGGCAAUACCAACAUAGGGAAUGAUAGAAAGUCUGCUGGUCGCAAUCUUGCAAUCAGAUCAGUCUCAAAUAAUUAAAUUAAGUCUAAGACCAGGUUUCCUUUCUUAUGGAAGUUGAUUUAUGUGGCUGCAUUGUCUGUUAGCGGAAGAAGAUACGAGCUUCACAAUUUUAUACAGGUGGUAUAAUAAAUCAGGGGAAACAACUAAUAGAAUCGAAAUGGUUUUUUGCAUAUAAAAUCUAAAAAAAAAAAAUCAAAAAAAAUUGUUUAAAAGAAAUAUUCUUCUACUAAAUUCAUUUGUAAUUAGUUAAGAAAAAGAUAU